ACAUGGAUUAAAGGAUUAGCGUGCGUAAUUAACCGCAGAAUCAAGUCAGACCAAUGUGACUAAUACAGUGUGACAAGAAAUUCAUAAUUAUCCGAUUCAUCGCCAACAUCAGAGCAACUAUUUCGUGCAGUAUCGACUGAGCAUUGUUGGAUUUGAUGAAGAUAUUAAUUAGUCAGGCAGUUUUUAUUUUUUUGGAGUCGUAAUUAUCAAGAUGGCCUUUUGUUUUAAAAUAUUAUUUGUGACAGGAGUUUUGUAUGCGAUUUGCAUAAUAAGCGUUGAUGCACAAAGACAUCAGCACAGACCGAGUUUAACGAGGCAUUCAAUAUAUGGACCAACGAGAUCACGUGAACCAAUCCCUCGACCAGGGCCUCCUCCAAGCUCAAGCGGACCACAGCCUCGACCAGGGCCUCCUCCAAGCUCAAGCGGACCACAGCCUCGACCAGGGCCUCCUCCAGGCUCAAGCGGGCCACAGCCUCGAACAGGGUCAACACCGAAGCCAAGAAAUCCAAUAUCAGCCCCCAGAAAACCAACCCCAAAACCACGGCCAGAUAAAGAAACUUCAUCCCGGUCUUCAACUACAAAGAAACCAACCAAAAAGAAAGAAAAACAAGAUCCUCCAGACGAUGAUGGUGGGAACGAUUCCGACUCAAAAGACGGCGAAUCCGGUGGCUCCGAAUCCAAAUCCAAAAAUGAUGAUAAAGGGUCAGGCGAUGCUAAAGGAAAAGAAAAGAAGAAUAAUUCAACGACUACACCAAAACCACAAAACGAGAAGGUAUAUUCAUCACCUCCGAUAAUAAUAAGUCAUCACGCCACUAAAGGGUCUUACCCCAAUUUCAAUUUCAACUAUGUUCCGGCACAUUCGCAAGAUUAUUAUUCACAAGAUUCGCCGUACGUUGGAAACGAGAUGCACAAAAUUAAAGAUGAAGGACAAGGGUUCACAAAUUUCGCGAUAUACUCAUUCGUUACGGUAAUUACGGUAAUAAUCGUUGGUGGAAUAGUUAAAGCAAUGUCAAAAAGAGUCAGAAGCUAAGACGAACAGUUCAGUUUAAGUGAUUGUUCGAAAACAAGGUAAUUACAUGUUUAUCGUCUUGAUUUAUUAAUUACGUUGGUUUAUUUGAGAAUUAUUGUAGCAUAAUUUUGUUGCCUUAAAGAUACAUGCAUACUUUUGUAUUUACUUCAUAAACUUGCAUUCAUGCAAUUCGCAUCUUUUCCACAUCCGAAAUAUAAGGUAUGACGUGACCAAAGUGGUAUUGAUAAGUUAAUAAAUAAUGAUAUCCAUCUAGUAGCUAUAUUAAAGUAUUACCAUACACAUGAAUAAAUACGUAGUAAAUUUUGACAGA